UAACUGCAGAUAGAUAUUCUCAGGCCAUCUCCUUUUCGCUCUCUCUCUGUGCUGUUUAGCUGCAGGCAAGCUUCUCCUCUUCUCUGUCUGUUUUCAGUGUUAUUGGAUACUAGCCUAGAGGCUGACUAGUGGUUAGAAAAACAGUGUAGGGGAUCUGGUGCGGGCUGCAUCCGGAGAGAAGGGGCGUCGGUCUGGACUAGGACGUGGGAAGCGUGGGCGGUUGGCUUGCAGAGUUGCUAGUGGAACGUUACCUGGCAAGACUGUCUGUGCUGUCCACUCAGCGGGAGGGCAGUUUUACGCUCUCUUUUAUACACAGAAACAAACUCUCGCUCUCACUUUAUCUGUCUCUCACUUUGUAUUUGGCUCUCUCUCCGGUUCACUCGUUCUCUCCCACUGUUUUCUUAUGGUUUCUCUCUGGGAGACGGCUGGGCUGGUCUUUUCAGAGAGUGAAGUCAUAGUGAUUUAGUUCAGAGCACAGGGCCUCCUUCUGCGCUGUGAGACACUCAGGUUAAGUCUUAAACACUGGGGAUAUCCUUUUAUGGUGCUUUUGCAGCGGGACACUUUUGUGAGGAGUUGAGCAGACAUGGCUUCACGGUCAUCGUUGACAUGCGAGGCUCUAAGUGGGACAGCAUCAAACCUCUGCUGAAGAUCCUGCAGGAAUCCUUCCCUUCCUGCAUCCACGUCGCCCUCAUCAUCAAACCAGACAACUUCUGGCAGAAACAGAGGACCAAUUUUGGGAGCUCCAAGUUUGAAUUUGAGACGGUCAUGGUGUCUCUCGAGGGCCUGACCAAGGUGGUGGAUCCCUCCCAGCUGACGUCAGACUUCGAGGGCAGCCUGGAGUACGACCACGACGAGUGGAUCGAUGUGCGCGUGGCCUUCGAGGACUUCGCCGGCGAUGCCGCCCGGGCUUUGGCACGGCUGGAGGAGCUGCAGGAGACCCUGGCGCAGCGCGACCUUCCGCGCGACCUGGAGGGGGCACGGCGCCUUAUGGAGGAACACGCCUCGCUCAAGAAGAGGGCCACCAAGGCCUCGGUGGAGGAGUUGGACACCCAGGGACGCAGGCUGCUCCAGAGACUUCAGCAGGGUAGUGUCACCCCUGGAGGCUACACUAACCGCGGCGGCGGGGGAACGGAUGCUAACGAUGGGCUCACAGGCCACCCAGAUGCCCACAACUUGGUGCCCAAAGUGAGUGCUCUGCUCGACAAGUUGCAUGGCACACGCCAGCACCUGCAGCAGCUGUGGCACAUGCGCAAGCUGAAACUGGACCAGUGCUUCCAGCUGCGGCUGUUUGAGCAGGAUGCAGAGAAGAUGUUUGACUGGAUCAUGCACAACAAGGGCCUGUUCCUGACCAGCUACACAGAGAUAGGAGGGAACCACCAGCAUGCGGGGGAGCUGCAGACUCAGCACAACCACUUUGCCAUGAACUGUAUGAAUGUCUAUGUAAAUAUCAACCGCAUCAUGUCUGUGGGGAACCGGCUGUUGGAGUCUGGUCACUACGCGUCGCAGCAGAUCCAGCAGAUCUCAGGUCAGUUGGAGCAGGAGUGGAAGGCCUUCGCUGCUGCCUUGGACGAACGCUCCACCCUACUGGAGAUGUCUGCUGCCUUCCACCUGAAGGUGGACCAGUACAUGGGUAAUGUGGAGCCGUGGUGUAAGGCGUGUGGAGAAGGAGACCUGCCCUCUGAGCUACAGGACUUGGAGGACACCAUCCACCAUCACACAGGACUCUAUGAGCACAUCACCACUGCCUACUCUGAGGUGAGCCAAGACGGGAAGUCCCUAUUGGACAAGCUGCAGCGGCCCCUGACCCCGGGUAGUGCUGAUUCGCUGACGGCCUCGGCCAACUACUCCAAGGCGGUGCACCACGUACUGGACAUCAUCCACGAGGUGCUACACCACCAGAGACAACUGGAAAACAUCUGGCAACACCGCAAGGUCCGGCUGCACCAGCGCCUGCAGCUCUGUGUCUUCCAACAGGACGUCCAGCAGGUGCUGGACUGGAUAGAGAACCAUGGUGAAGCCUUCCUCAGUAAGCAUACCGGAGUGGGGAAGUCCCUACACAGAGCUCGGGCCUUGCAGAAGAGACACGAGGACUUUGAGGAGGUGGCCCAGAACACCUAUACUAACGCUGACAAGCUGCUGGAGGCAGCAGAGCAGCUGGCCCAGACAGGAGAAUGUGAUCCAGAGGAGAUUUACCAGGCAGCCCACCAGCUAGAGGACCGCAUCCAGGACUUUGUACGUCGCGUGGAGCAACGUAAGGUCCUCCUGGACAUGUCUGUGGCCUUCCAUACUCACGUCAAAGAGCUGUGGACGUGGUUGGAGGAGCUGCAGAAGGAGCUGCUGGACGAUGUGUAUGCUGAGUCUGUGGAGGCGGUGCAAGACCUGAUCAAACGCUUUGGCCAGCAGCAACAGACCACGCUGCAGGCCACUGUCAACGUCAUCAAGGAGGGAGAGGACCUCAUCCAGCAGCUCAGGGACUCUGCUAUCUCCAGUAACAAGACUCCCCACAACAGUUCCAUGGCCCACAUCCAGAGUGUCCUACAGCAGCUGGACGAGGCCCAGGCUCAGAUGGAAGACCUGUUUCAGGAGAGGAAGAUCAAACUGGAACUCUUCCUGCAACUACGCAUCUUCGAGAGGGACGCCAUCGACAUCAUCUCAGACCUGGAGUCGUGGAAUGAGGAGCUGUCCCAGCAGAUGGGUGAGUUUGAUACAGAGGACCUGACGUUGGCAGAGCAGAGGCUCCAGCACCAUGCUGACAAGGCCCUCACCAUGAACAACCUGACCUUCGACGUCAUCCACCAGGGACAGGAGCUGCUGCAGUACGUUACAGAGGUCCAGGCCAGCGGUGUGGAGUUGCUGUGUGACAGGGAUGUGGACAUGGCUACUCGUGUUCAGGACCUGCUGGAGUUCCUCCAUGAGAAGCAGCAGGAGCUGGACGUGGCGGCCGAGCAGCACAGGAGGCACCUGGAACAGUGUGUCCAGCUACGCCACCUUCAGGCCGAGGUCAAACAGGUGCUGGGUUGGAUCCGUAAUGGAGAGUCCAUGCUGAAUGCAGGUCUGAUCACAGCUAGCUCUCUACAGGAGGCAGAACAGCUACAGAAGGAACACGAGCAAUUCCAAAAUGCCAUAGAGAAAACCCACCAGAGUGCAUUGCAGGUGCAGCAGAAGGCUGAGGCCCUGCUCCAAGCCAACCACUAUGACAUGGACAUGAUCCGGGACUGUGCAGAGAAGGUGGCCGACCACUGGCAGCAGCUCAUGCUCAAAAUGGAGGACCGGCUCAAACUGGUCAACGCCUCUGUAGCCUUCUACAAGACUUCCGAGCAGGUGUGCAGUGUGCUGGAGAGCCUGGAGCAGGAGUAUAAGCGAGAGGAGGACUGGUGUGGGGGAGCUGAUAAACUGGGCCCUAACAGUGAGUCAGACCAUGUCACACCCAUGAUCAGCAAACACCUGGAGCAGAAGGAGGCCUUCCUCAAGGCUUGUACACUAGCAAGGCGAAACGCGGACGUCUUCCUGAAGUACCUGCACAGAAACAGUGUCAACAUGCCAGGGAUGCUGUCUCACGUCAAAGCUCCUGAAACACAGGUCAAAAACAUCUUGAAUGAGCUGCUCCAGAGAGAGAACCGGGUGCUGCACUUCUGGACAAUGAGGAAGAGGAGACUGGACCAGUGUCAGCAGUAUGUGGUGUUUGAACGCAGCGCCAAGCAGGCUUUGGAGUGGAUCCACGACACGGGAGAGUUCUACCUGUCGACCCACACCUCCACCGGAUCCAGUAUCCACCACACACAGGAGCUACUGAAGGAGCACGAAGACUUCCAGAUCACAGCCAAGCAAACCAAAGAGAGGGUGAAACUGUUGAUCCAGCUGGCGGAUGGCUUUUGUGACAAAGGGCACGCCCAUGCGCUGGAGAUAAAGAAAUGGGUCACCUCUGUGGACAAGCGCUACAGAGACUUCUCCCUCCGCAUGGACAAGUACCGGUCCUGUCUGGAGAAAGCACUGGGCAUCGUAUCCUCUGACUCCAACAAGGCCAGUAAAGGGCUGCAGCUGGACAUCAUCCCCGCCAGCGUCCCAGGGUCAGAGGUCAAGCUGAGGGAUGCUGCCCACGAACUCAAUGAGGAGAAGAGGAAGUCUGCCAGGAGGAAAGAGUUCAUAAUGGCAGAGCUCAUUCAGACAGAGAAGGCCUACGUCAGAGACCUGCGGGAGUGUACAGAUACCUACUUGUGGGAGAUGACCAGCGGUGUUGAGGAGAUCCCUCCAGGCAUCGUCAACAAAGAGCACAUCAUCUUUGGCAACAUGUUGGACCUCUACGAGUUCCACCACAACAUCUUCCUGAAGGAAUUGGAGAAAUACGAACAGCUACCUGAGGACGUGGGUCAUUGCUUUGUCACCUGGGCAGAUAAAUUCCAGAUGUAUGUGAACUACUGCAAGAACAAACCAGACUCUACCCAGCUCAUUCUGGAGCAUGCAGGGCCCUAUUUUGAUGAAAUUCAACAGAGGCACCGGCUUGCCAACUCCAUAUCCUCAUACCUCAUCAAGCCUGUCCAGAGAAUAACCAAGUAUCAGCUGCUUCUCAAGGAGCUGCUGACCUGCUGUGAGGAGGGGAAGGGGGAGAUCAAGGAUGGUCUGGAGGUGAUGCUCAGUGUCCCCAAGAGAGCCAACGACGCCAUGCACCUCAGCAUGAUGGACGGGUUCGAUGGGAAUAUUGACUCCCAAGGAGAGCUGAUCCUGCAGGAGUCCUUCCAGGUGUGGGAUCCCAAGACUCUGAUCCGUAAGGGACGUGAGCGCCACCUCUUCCUAUUUGAGAUGUCCCUGGUCUUCAGCAAGGAGGUCAAGGACUCUAACGGACGCAACAAGUACCUCUACAAGAGCAAGCUCUUUACUUCAGAGCUGGGUGUCACAGAACAUGUGGAGGGGGAUCCGUGUAAGUUUGCUCUCUGGGUUGGGAGGACCCCCAGCUCAGACAACAAGAUGGUGCUCAAGGCGUCCAGCAUAGAGAACAAGCAGGACUGGAUCAAACACAUCCGGGAGGUGAUCCAGGAGCGUACCAUCCACCUGAGAGGAGCCCUGAAGGAGCCUAUUCACAUCCCCAAGGCCACCACAGUCAAACACAAGGGCAGAAGUCAUGGAGAGGACCUGGACAGCCAGGGUGAUGCCAGCAGUCAGCCAGACACCAUCUCUAUCGCCUCCCGUACCUCUCAGAACACACUGGACAGCGACAAGCUCUCUGGUGGCUGUGAGCUGACCGUGGUCAUCCAUGACUUUGUGGCUAGUAAUGGCAGCAGCUCUGAGCUGACUGUACGGAGGGGUCAGACGGUAGAGGUGCUGGAGAGGCUUCAUGACAAGCCAGACUGGUGCCUGGUGAGGACCACGGACCGCUCCCCUGCCCAGGAGGGCAUAGUACCCUGUGCCAUGCUCUGCAUCGCUCACUCACGCUCCAGUAUGGAGAUGGAAGGACUAUUCAACCACCACCACAAAGACACCCUGUCUGUGUCCAGUAACGAUGCCAUCCAGCCUGGCACCAGCCACACCCUGGGCUUCCACAGCUCCCCAGGGCCCAAGCGACCGGGCAACACGCUGAGGAAGUGGCUAACCAGCCCAGUGAGGCGCCUGAGCAGCGGCAAGGCCGAUGGACACGUCAAGAAGCUGGCCCACAAGCACAAGAAGAACCGCGACGGACGCAGCAAGAACGCAGACUCCGCCGGCUCCCAGAAAGACUCGGACGACAAUGCCGCCACGCCACAGGACGAGACCAUCGAGGAGAGGAUGAGGAACGAGGGGCUGAGCAGUGGGACUCUGUCCAAGUCCUCCUCCUCUGGGAUGCAGAGCUGUGGGGAGGAGGAGGGGGAGGAGGGGGCUGAUGCUGUACCCCUACCUCCCCCCAUGGCCAUCCAACAACACAGCCUGCUGCAGGCUGACUCUCAGGACGACAAGGCGGCCUCUCGUCUAUCGGGCCGACCCAGUAGUUCAGAGACACCCAGUGCGGCUGAGCUGGUCAGUGCCAUCGAGGAGCUGGUCAAGAGUAAGAUGUCCCUGGAGGACCGUCCCAGCUCUCUCUCUGUGGAACAAGGGGACAGCAGCAGCCCCUCCCUCAACCCCUCUGACAACUCCCUCCUGUCCUCCUCCUCCCCCAUCGAUGAGAUGGACGAGCGCAAGUCGGGUUUCCUCAAGAGACGCCACUAUGUGUUACUGGAGCUGGUGGAGACAGAGAGGGACUACGUGAGAGACCUGGGUUCAGUGGUGGAGGGCUACAUCAGCAAAAUGAAGGAGGACGGCGUGCCAGACGACAUGAGGGGAAAAGACAAGAUAGUGUUUGGGAAUAUCCAUCAGAUCUACGACUGGCAUAGAGACUUCUUCCUGGGAGAGCUAGAGAAGUGCCUGGAGGACCCUGAUAGGCUGGCUCCCCUGUUCGUCAAACAAGAGCGACGGUUACACAUGUACAUCGUGUACUGUCAGAACAAGCCCAAAUCAGAGCACAUCGUGUCUGAGUACAUAGACACUUACUUUGAGGAGUUCAAGCAGCGUCUGGGCCACAGACUCCAGAUCACUGAUCUUCUCAUUAAGCCUGUGCAGCGCAUCAUGAAGUACCAGCUCCUACUGAAGGAUUUACUUAAGUUCUCCAAAAAGGCUGCAGUAGAUACUACUGAGCUGGAGAAAGCAGUGGAGGUCAUGUGUGUUGUGCCCAAAAGAUGCAACGACAUGAUGAACGUUGGGCGUCUCCAAGGCUUCGACGGCAAGAUUGUGGCCCAAGGCAGACUGCUGCUCCAGGACACCUUCAUGGUAUCAGAUCAAGACGGGGGGCUUCUCACAAGGAUGAAGGAGAGGAGGGUCUUCCUCUUCGAACAGAUCGUCAUCUUCAGUGAGCCCCUGGACAAGAAGAAAGGCUACUCCCAGCCAGGAUACCUCUUCAAGAACAGUGUCAAGGUGAGCUGGCUGGGCCUGGAAGAGAGCACAGACGACCCCUGUAAGUUCACCCUGACCUCCCGGUCAUCCAGUGGCGGUGUGGAGACCUACGUAAUGCACUCAGCCAACCCUGGAGUCAGCCAGAUGUGGGUCCACCAGAUCACCCAGAUCCUGGAGAGCCAGCGCAACUUUCUCAAUGCACUGACAUCCCCUAUAGAGUACCAGAGGAACCACGUGGGUGCAAGUGGACCAGGCCUGGGGGCCCCCAGCAGCAGCAGUGGCCUGGCAGGAGGCGGCUGCAGCAGCUCCACAGUUGGCCCUGGUAGUAACUCUCUGUGUGGCCCCCAGAGUCGCCGGCCCUCGCGCAUCCCCCAGCCCUCCUCGCGUAUCCCGCAGCCAGUCCACCACCACCACCCCCCGGGCUCUGACGGCCCGGACAGAACAGCAGGUACGUGGUCCCGACAAUCCCCCUCCACCUCCCCCUCCUCCCAGACCCCCUGCCCUCCUGACCAUGCAGAGGGGGACCUGGGGCCCCAAGAUGUCCCCAAGAUGCAAGUGCUGGAGGGUCCCCGGCCCCACAGCAGAACCAGCAACAACAGCAAUGGCAAGUCCUUGGGCGUUGCUGAGGGCAGCUUCAAGGAGAGCUACCCUGGGGAGGACCCUCAGACUCCCAUCCCACGGCUGGCUGUGGCCCCUCUGAAUCUUGCCAAGCCUCGAGUAGGGACGGUCUCUCCACUGACCUGUCCCAUAAAGGAGGAAUUCAUCCCGGGCAGCCCAGCCCAGAAAAGCUCCUUUUUCUGGUCCACCGCGGUCCCAGCCUCCCCAGCUAGCCGACCUGGCUCCUUCUCCUACCACAGUGAUAGUGGAGACUCGACCCUGGGCCACAGGGAGAGCCACAGCCACCGCCACUCUACCCACAGCAAGGAUAUAGACCGCAUGAGCACAUGCUCCUCCACCAGUGAGCAGUCCGUACAGUCCAUGCAGAGCAACGGGCAGCUAACUGCUACAGUAACUCAGCUUGCUGUACUGUAUGUUGGUGUCCUCUCCUCUCCCUUGAGUGAAAGCAGUAGCAGCAGCAGCAUCAGCACCAUGCUGGUGACCCAGGACUACGUGGCCCUGAAGGAGGAUGAGAUCAGUGUUUCCCAGGGCGAGGUGGUCCAGAUGCUGGCCUCCAAUCAGCAGAACAUGUUCCUGGUGUUCCGGGCUGCCACCGAGCAGGGCCCUGCCGCCGAGGGCUGGAUCCCCGGCUACGUACUGGGUCACACCUCCACCAUCAUCCCCGACCUCCCCGAAGGAACCAUCAAGAAAUCAUCCUCGUGGCACACAGCACUCCGCAUCAGGAGAAAGUCUGAGAAGAGAGACAAGGAGACCAGGAAGGAAAAUAAGAUGGAAAACGGCUAUCGCAAAUCUCAAGACUGUCUGACUAAUAAAGUUUCUGUAAAGCUUCUAAACCCCAACUACAUCUAUGAGGUACCCCCAGAGUUCCUGCUGCCCCUGAGUGAUGUGACCUGUGACCUGGGGGAGAGUGUCACUCUGAGGAGUAAGGUCUGUGGAAGACCCAAAGCCUCGGUCACCUGGAGAGGACCUGACCACAGCACUCUGAGCAACGACGGACACUACAGCAUCACCUACAGUGACACGGGCGAGGCAACUCUCCUCAUCAUGGGUGUGUCUGUGGAGGAUGACGGGGUGUACACCUGUGUUGCCACCAACGUAGUGGGCAGCAUGUCAUCCUCCGCCAGCCUCAGAGUCUCAGAGGCCUCUGACGAUGGGAGUGAAGUGAUCUGGAAGAACAACUUUGAGUCCUUCUACACAGAGGUCACAGAACUGGGCAGGGGGAGGUUCUCAGUGGCUAAGCGCUGUGACCAGCGUGGGAGCAAGCGUGCCGUGGCAGCCAAACAUGUAAACAAGCGGUUGAUGCGGCGUGAGCAGGUGCUCCAGGAACUGAGGAUACUACAGUGUCUGGAACACCCACACCUGGUCGGCCUGCUGGACACCUUCGAGACAGCCACCAGCUACGUGCUAGUGCUGGAGAUGGCUGAUCAAGGCCGUCUCCUGGACUACAUAGUCAGCUGGGGUAACCUCACUGAAGAGAAGGUGGCCUUGUACCUUCGGGACAUUCUAGAAGCUUUACACUACCUGCAUAGCUGGAGGAUAGCUCACUUGGACUUGAAGCCUGAGAACUUGUUAGUGGAGCAGAACUCUGCCCAGCCCGUGGUCAAGCUGACAGACUUCGGAGACGCCGUCCAGCUGAACAGCGGCCACUACAUCCACCCUCUACUGGGCAGCCCAGAGUUCUCAGCCCCGGAGCUGGUGCUGGGCCAGCCCGUCUCCCUGACUUCUGACCUCUGGAGCCUGGGAGUUGUAACAUAUGUGGUAUUGAGCGGGGCAUCUCCCUUCCUGGACGAGAGCGCUGAGGAGACAUGCCUGAACAUCUGUCGUCUGGACUUCAGCUUCCCCCAUGACUACUUCCAGGGUGUGAGCCAGGCGGCUAGGGACUUUGUGUGUCUCCUGCUACAGGGCGAGCCGGACCGGAGACCUUCGGCCGCCGCUUGCCUUCAGGAGCCCUGGCUGCAGCCGUGGGACUCCCACCAGCAACAAAACCAGCACCCAGGGUGCAUCGACACCUCCAGACUCAUCUCCUUCAUAGAGCGGCGGAAACACCAGAACGACGUUAGGCCCGUGGGCAGCAUCAAGACGUUCCUUCACAGCAGACUCCUCAACCAGAUAUAAGCAGGUUAGAGGACUACAGUACCCAGAAACCACCAAGUCACAAUGAUGAUCUCAUCCUCCCUCAGCCAACUACGCCACUUCCUUAGAACUAUUUUACCCAGCAUCCUGCUGCUGCUGUCUGCUGACUGCUUUGAAUAUUUGUGACUGAGAUAUACCCCCCCAAGAGAUUUAGAUACUUCCCUUCCAUCCCCACCUUUGUAUGUACGAUGGCUAUAUGCCUGCACAAAAGUAAACUAUUUGAAAGUAUUUCAAACUUGACUAACAGGGAGAACAAAGCUUUCUCGAGAGCCAGUGAGAGCAAGCCUUGUUUGGAUAGUAUUACAAACCGAUACUGUAAUAUCGGGUUGCUUUUGGUUGAAUAUAAGAAAAUUGUUUUUGUAAUGAGAGAUUACUUUUUGUAAAGGAAAUGUAUAGUGAAGAAACAAAUGUCUUUUCAUAUACCUUUUCAAAGACAAAGGUUAUUAAAAAGAAUGAAAACAAAAAUGAAUGCGACAUAUGAACAAAGCACCACCGACCCUCACAGGGUCGUUGCUUCAGAACACUACUUCUAGAACCAGUUGGAGACCAAACUCAUUGUAGUUGUGGUUGAUUAACAUACAAUAACUCGGCAAAUGCUUUGUUCUGGCCUUGCUAUUGUGCUAUUGGACCCAUAACAGUUAGUACAAUUGUUAUUUUAGUCAGAUCUCAGCAGAGAAAUAAAUAAACAAGCAAACAAACAACAAAAAGCUAUAACACUAUUGGAAAAGCUCUUUAGAUUUCUGAUAUAUCCGCCUUACUUUGUAAAUAAUGUGUUCCUGCCUUCAUUCUCAUUUUGAAGAAUUUGUCUCAAACGCUGUUUCAUUAGCUGAGUAGUAAGUCCUGCCAAUGGAAGAGAGGUGUGCGGGAGACCAGCUCCUCCUCAUGCCAAUCAAAAUACUUAAACCCUCACGACCAGAAAUACUUCUAGAAAUGCACUCGUAUUUUGCGUUAACUUCUCAUGUGCAAUGUUGCAGCUUUAACAUGUAUGCAACCAUUUAUGAAGACGUGUGUUGUACCCGUAAUCUAAAAAGGCAUGUACGUACCUGGUACUGCAGUAGAUGUAUGUAUUGUGUUGCUAUUUUCCGUAUUAAGUUCAGUAUUAAUAUCUUGGUAACCUAAAAUGCAGGUUUUUGCAAAUAAUGUAAAAUAAGAAAAAAUAUUUGAAUCGAUUUUGGCACUUAUGCUUUCAGUUUGUCAUUGAUUUGUUUUAUUUUCUGUAACUAUACCAAAGUUAACUGUACUUUACUCUCUUUAAAUGUGUUAUAUAAUGUACCAUGUUAAGUUAUGAAAACCUUGCCGAACCUAGAGAUGUUUACAUUGGUUCACAGUGGCUUUAUUUAUUAGCGUAAGGACGUUGAGUUGUUGUUACUGCUUACCUAAUUAACAUUUCAAACUUCACUUCUCAAGCUGUGCACAAAGUGGUGAUUGCUGUGUACGUUUGUUUGACUUUUUAAGUUAUGUAUUUCGCUAGACAUUGUGUUGCAAUGAUCAACAUCUUGGUUUCACUGAAACUUGGGAUAGCAUUCUUUGCCGAGCCUUUGGUUUGAAGGGGGGGAAAAAUACCCACAACAUUGUACCAGCGUUACAAUAAUUGUGCAUGGACGUUGCGGCGCUAUUACCCUAACCUUUAUCUGAGAGUGACCAUGACCGAGCUGUUUUCAGUGAAUUAAUCAUUGUAUGAAUUCAAACUGAUUUUAAAGUGCCAGUCAAUUGAUCUGGAGAGGCAGAUGAAACCUUUUCAAGCUUAAAAGGAAAUACAUCUGUUAUCAGUUUCAUGUCUAUGUCAAGGCAGUAGUCACAGUGAUACAAUGAAUGUGUUUGUGAACCUGUACAGUCCCAUUUUGUGUCCUCUUAUUUAUUCAUGUGUAAAGCUGUACAGACAUGGAGGACAAACAUGGGAACCUGGAUGUAACCUCAUCAUAUUUGAUACAUACUACAUUAUUUUGAAUGUUAAAUUACUUAUUUUUACUUUUGCAUGUAUAUUUCUUUGUACAGAAAUUGUUUACACAUUACUUGCUGUAAAUAUUUAAUUUAGUCCUCAGUUAUUUUGCCAUUAAACGUAUGGAACAUA